AUGUCCUAUCUCUCCACGCGAACCCUCAGCCCGCCACCAGGGCAAAUCCAAUGGGACCACCACGCAAUCCAGCCACCAUCCUGGAUCUACACGUUCCUACCGCCGUCGAACCGCAUCCUAUUAGAAAGAUGCCAGCAAGCCGCAUACGAAAGCGUGCUAGCACAGCGCCAGCUCGAACUGAGAUUCGCAGACCGAUAUAAAGCGCUCUGCCCAUCCAGCGCAACCGAUCCCAGCCCCGAUUCUUCCAGCAACCCAAGCCCCAACCCCAGCACCCCAACACCAACACCAAAAACAACCCCAGCCAACCAAAUAACCCACGCCCAAUCCAUCGACGGCCUCUUCAAUUGGCGCGAAGACUACAUCCCAGGCAGCCCGACGCUAGCCCCAAACGCGAAGAUCCCGCGCGCGGCGGUGCGGUUCCAGGUCGACCGGGCGGCGUACGCGGCCUACACAGAAGUCUACAACUUGCACCUGGACGAGUACCUGACGGGACCCUAUACGCGGUACCGGGCGGCGGUGGCGGAGGUGGAGUGCGGCGUGGCGCGCAGCACUGAGAUGCGGGAUAUGGAUCGUCGGAUGUUUGGGCGGUGGUGGGGGGAGGUGUUCCUGCGGGAGAUGAUGCGGUGGGAGAGUCGGAUUACGCGGCUGAGGGUGCCGACGUUUGAGGUGGUGGUGGAGGAGAUUGCGGACGCUGUUAGGGUGGGCGUGGAGGGAGGGGAGGAGGGGGCCCUGGAGUUGGGGUUGCCUUUGUUGCCGGGGGCUUUGUCGCUGUCGUCUUUUGGGGGGUGA